AAACAAAAAUAAAAUAUAAUUUUCUUCUCUUUGCUUGAGCAUUGCAAAAUGGCGAAAUUAUUACUUAGUUUUCUAAUAAUCUAUGCCGGACUAAUGGAGUUGGGAAAUAGUGUUGAUGUGACCAGUUUUGGUGCCAAAGGAGAUGGUAAAACAGAUGAUUCAAAGGCGUUCCUAAAAGCAUGGGAAGAGGUGUGUGCAGCAAGUGACCGUCAAACUUUACGAAUUCCAAAGGGCAAAACUUUUCUACUCCAGCCUCUUGUCUUCAAGGGUCCUUGUAAAUCUCCCAUUCAUGUUGAGUUGCUCGGAAAUCUUGUUGGACCGGAGCGAAGUGGAUGGUUAGGGGAUCAGAAGGAUAAAUGGAUCAAAUUCCAUGGAGUGGAUAACCUUGUCUUUGAAGGAUCUGGACAAAUCGACGGUCGGGGUGAGCCCUGGUGGAAAGCUGCAAAACCCAAAGACGAUACAAACAGACCAACGUCAUUGGCUUUCCAAAGUUGCAAAAAUCUUCAGGCGAGAGGAUUCAGUUCAAUAAACAGUCCAAAAAAUCACAUUAGUAUUAGUGAUUGCGUCCAAGCGACGGUAUCCAACGUGAAUCUGACCGCACCAGAAGAUAGCCCAAACACGGAUGGAAUUGAUAUCUCUGGAUCGAACCAAAUCGAUAUACUCGAUUCGCAUAUGGGAACAGGUGAUGAUUGCGUUGCAAUAAACGGAGGUUGUACCGGCAUUGUCAUUAGAAAUAUCCAGUGCGGUCCCGGUCAUGGACUUAGUGUCGGGAGUCUAGGUCGCAAUGGACAGAGGGAGACGGUCGAACGAGUUCGAGUUCAGAAUUGUACCUUCACAAGAACUGAUAAUGGAGCAAGAAUCAAGACAUGGCCUGGAGGAUCAGGUUAUGUCAAGGAUGUAAUAUAUGAGAACAUCAAAUUGAUGGAAACUAAAAACCCGAUUGUAAUCGAUCAGUACUACGGCUGUGGCUCUAAUUGCCAGGAAGGAAACUCCGCAGUAGAGAUAAGCGACGUGAAGUUCAUAGGUUUUCGCGGGACUUCGGCGAAGGAAGAGGCGAUAAAAUUGGAAUGCAGCGGCGUUAAAGGAUGCAACGGCGUCGUCUUGGAGCAAGUGAACAUUCAAUCGGCAGUCAAUGGAGAAGAGACCCGAGCGACCUGCAAAAAUGCUAGAGUCGUUUGCCGUAACACAACUCCAUUCGUGAAAUGUUAACCUAAUCAUUAAUACAUGUGCUAGAAAAAAAAAUAUAUAAUCAAGGAAAUUAAUUUCCUUUGCUAUACAAAAUUAUAUCCUAUGUUCUCUUUGCAAGAUCAAUAAAACUCAAA